AUGCCUGCCCUUUGGAGCGCGCUGCUCUGGUCGCGCCGGGACUCUCGCAGAGUCUCCAAGUUGACCUUCACUGCCAGUGCUCCGGCUGUUCCCACCGUGCCACAGCUCCCCCUCGAGCUGCACUUUUUCAUCAUCGACCACUUUCGACCCGAUAGCGCGGAGCUCCAAAGCUGCUCCCUGGUCUCACUAGCCUGGGCCGCACACAUCCAAUCCCUCCGCUUCCGCCGCAUUUGCGUCCGCCCUCGCACCGUCCUUCGCUUCCUUGACGUCCUGCUCGACAACCCGCGGCUCGGCGAAUUCGUCACGGUGCUGGAUGUCCGGGAGGGGGCUACACGCCACGUGACGCCGCCCUCCGCGCUGGCGGCGUUGUUUCCUGUCCUACAUUGCCUGCCACAGCUGCAUACCCUCGGCAUCAGUCACAAGAACGUCGAAAUCGGGCUGGAGAUGCUGCUUCAGCAGACUGGCGUGUGCACUCGCGUGACAACUCUCAGAUUGCGUUUCUGCAGGUUCGAGACACCGGACGCGCUCUACCGCUUCAUCGGAGCGUUCCGCCUGCUCCGUUCACUCGAGGUCUUCCAAUGUGAUACAGGCCAGACCACGCCGCAUCCACUGGCACCAACCAUGCGCCAGGCGGCUUCCUAUUGCUUUGAUCUGGCCAGUUUGGCGCUGGGAACGUAUCCUCAAACGCCUCUCAUCCAAUGGCUCACCACAGAUGACAUUUCUCUGUCUGUUGACCGUCUCCGCAUCCUAUCUUUCGGCAACGACGCUUCAUCGUUCAACGCGCUACUCGCAAAGAUCGGAAGUGGGCUUAAGUCCCUCGAGGUGCCUGGCCCACACACCAGGCGUCGGGGGAGCACAGCAGAGGACACACCACUUGAUCUGCGUCCCUGCUGCGCGCUCUCCACUCUAACCUUCAGCGAGCGCAGUCCUUCACAAACAAGCAAAACCGUCCUCGCGACACUCGCACAGCUCCGCGCCAACGGCGCGCAGAACAGCCUCACCACGCUCUCUUUCGAUGUGGCGCUUUCCACACCAUACAAAGACGUACCCUGGGAGGAAGUCGAGCUAGCCAUCCUCGGGCUAGGCAAUAACGCCCGCUUCCCCCGCCUCCAGGCGGUCGUGUUUCACCUCUCUGCCGCGAUGGUCCCACGCCGCCCGGUCGGCUAUGUGACAGCGUACAGAGAGGCCGUCCUUUUCCUGGAAGACAAGAUGGCAGCGCUGAAGGCGAAGGGAUCGUUGCAGUUUGUGGAAGAAGACGAUGACGAAUCUGCCUGA